UGUCGGGAGCAUUAAACAAGUGCGGAAGCCGUACUUUUUAAUAAUAUACUGAAAAUCGUGUAUUUGUGAUCUCUAUUAUUGUAUUUCUUGUUGUUUUAUAUAAUGAUUUCCGAAAUUGUUAUUUCAUUAUGUUGGUGGUUUUGAUUUGAUUGUCAAUAACUUCACAGUGGUUGUGCGGGAGUGAUUGCGCAUAGUGUUAUUGUUUUGUGGAAAAAAACAGUGAAACUUAAAUAAAUCUUGCUUAAAAACUGUAUGAAUUGUUAUUAGUCUUAUUAUUUAUAUACAACUUUUUGUUUUACAAGUGUAAUAUGUCAGUCUUCACUGUGGUGUUAUUGUUUGUUGUGAGCUGCGGCCUGCAUCAAGCUGGCUGUCUCGACGCACGUCUGCUGUGAAGAAAAUCGUAGUGGUUAUUUGCGUAUUGGCCACACCGGGGAGAAGGCGCCACGUGUGGACCUGUGUUCAACCGGGGGCGGGCGCUCUGCGCCGCCCCACAACGGCAGAUAUACCCUCCAGAUGGUUUAUUGACAUCGGGAAAAACCAAGCAUGAUGUAGGAUUCGAUCCGGAUAUCUUCGCGCCGGAUCCAAUCGCAUCAGAUGCUUAUAUCGAUGUCAUUUAUGCAGAAUACGUGCUCCUGUUGACACCGUUCGAAGGGAUAGACACGAUGAAUACGGGGGAAGAUGAACCAGCAACUGGUUUAAAUGGAAGACUGCGACCACGUAAAUCCAUCCCUAGCCCCCAAUCCAACCAAAUAUCGCGUAAAUCUGAAAAUAAGACCUUACCGGAUAAGCCUAAAAGAACAACUAAUUUGAAAAUAUCGGCUAACAAAACAGAUGAUCUCGUGAACAAGUCUGAUAAUACGAUUCCACAACACUUUUGCCCCUACUGUGACAAAACAUUUAUUUCCAAACAAACUGCUUUGAAGCAUGUUCAUCUCAUCCAUAUUUCAUCCUCAAAACAAGACUUUUUUUUUGAUUGUCUCUUCUGCAAUCAUGUCGCGCAUAAUUCAAAUAUUAUACAUCACAUGGUGGACAGUCACCCAAAUCAAUAUUUCGCUUGUCUUGAUUGUCAUACUAGAUUUCCGUCAACGUCAGAUGUGGCACAGCAUAAACUUAAUGUCUGUGAAAAGCAAAAGCUUCCUUAUCGUAGUAAACUACGCCAGAAAUCAUUGGAGAACAAAAAGUCGUCAAAAUCAGAUACACAGUCUAUUCUCCGUGAUAACAAAGACUUUACCGAAGGUUUUAAUGGGAUAGUUAUCUCAUGCGAACUAAAACCUACUAAAGUACACGAUGAUGCUGAUAUAGAGGAUAAUAUAACAACAAAUUUAAUAUUGCCUUCGACCAAAGGAAUAAGUCAUAAAGCAGCAAUGGAAAAAAAUGCGAUUAUCGUUUUAGAUGACAUACAAUGGAAUAAACGAAUUCCAUCUAACUUUUCAUUUCAUAACAGUGACGCUGAUCAAAUUUUAACUAGACUAGGGGUGGUGCACAGGUCGCCUAGGACUGGCGAGUCUACCAAAAAAGAUUGGCAAAAGCCAUUUGAAGAUGGCACCGCGCAGAGGUUUGAGAAAUGUUUUGACACGAGUUUUUACGUGAAGGUGGCCAGUAACGUGCAAGAAAAUUUAUUAAAACAUCUUGAUGGAUCUUUUAAUGAUAACCCAGAACCUGAUUCACUUAUUAAAACAAGAAAAUCUAAGGAUUGUGUCCCCAUUAAUACAGCAGAAGGUUUCCCUAUUCUCCUUGCUAGCGAACAAUAUUCUCGCAAUUUGUUUGAUGGUUUCGUGCCGCGUGCUAUCGCACCAAAGCACAAAUGGAAAUGGGAUAGUCCGGAUUAUGAUAGAGCCAUCAUUAAUGUAGACCAAUCAAAGAGUGAUUUACACCUAAACAAUUGUAUUAUAACCUAUGUAUCCAAUUUAGAUAUUUGGACCCAAUUAAGUAUGAGAAAAAAAUUCGAUGACAAAUUUAGUUGCUUACGUUUAGAAAAAAAGACUGAAAGGCAAAAUACAAUCAGCAAGGAAUUGAAAGAAAUACUCGAAAGCAAAGAAAUACCAAUGUUGUCAACACAAACUUUAAAAAGAAUAGGCACACCAACUUUUACCGAAGGAUUUCAUUUUCCCGUUAACUUGGGACUAACUCCAACUACUCAAUCUUUUGUGUUACAACCAGCGGUGCUAAGUGGUGAAUCGGUUCGCCCUCGUUGCUAUGUAUGUUGUGCUUGUGGCGUGCAAGCAAACGAUUCUCGAGCGCUGUCGUCACAUAUUUCAACGCAACAUCCUAAUGCACAAAUCGAACAUUAUGAAAUUGUUGGUGAAUCUCUAUUGAAUGCGGAUAUCUUUAAACAUUUGUAUGUGCCACCUAGUCAGAUAUUUAACCGAUCUCGUCCUCCGAGAGGAAUUCGAGAGUGCACGAAAUGUAAAAAAUCUAUAACCCUUGAAGAUUUGCACCAGCAUAUGUUAGACUGCGCUGGCGACACACCAACUGUACGACGAAAAUGCCGCUAUCGGCCAUUUGGCGUUCGUAAACGUCGUCCACGUCUUCCUGAUAAUAGGAUACGUAAGAAAAUGCGAAAAGAUAUUCGAGCAGGACAGAGAAAUAAUAAAAAUAUGUUAAGGCCUAGACCAAAAACGCGAUCGGAAGUAGGUGACGCUGAAACUAUCCGUAAAAUGUUAGCGGAUCUACCGGCAAAGCGUCACCGAGUUACAGUCAAUCCUUUGAACUCGUUCCCACGAAAGACAUAUGAUCGAAAACGUAAUGAGAUAAUGUCUAGACAACAUUCUUUCGAUCAAAAAUAUAUGAAUGUUGAAAAAACAUCUGAUACAAUAAUUAGCUCAUCAAGUUCUAAUACAGAUUCAAAAGAUUCUGGUUUCACUAAUGAUGAUGACGAUGAAGACGACAAUUUGCCUUUGAGGCCAAAAACAAGGGAUCCUAUAAUUAAAAGUAGUAGCCAUAAAAAUGAAUCUUUAAACAAAAAGGCUAUCAUAAAUCGUUCUAAAAGAAAAUCUAACAAGGAAUUAGAAUUAAUUAUCAAAAAUACUGAAGAGGCUCUUAGUGGAUCUAUCGAGAGUAUUGAACCUGAUAAAAUCUCAUUAGACAGUACACCAAAUCGAGUGGACCUUAAUAGUGAUCCACAAAAAGUCAGAGGACAUUCAAAUCGUGAAGGUUCGAAUAACAGAGAAAGCCCACAAUCAGGUAGAAGCGGACCAGGUGGCAAUUCACAUAACUCAAAUGCGCCAACCCAAAACGUUCCUCUUAAACAUUCAAUUGCUAGUUUGACGGCUGAUUCUGAGACUCACGACAAAGCUGUUCAAUUUCAUCGCCUGUUUCUUGUUCAACAAGAAUGUAACAACGGAGACGAACAUCACUUGCCAUCAGAUCGUCGUGUAUUAUUUGAAAAUGAAGCUGUGGUUACUAAGCUUGAUAAACCUCCUUUACAUUUCAAUCACAACCGCGCAUUCGAGUACCAAAAUUCUCGAAAAAAUAAAUUAAGUAAGCCGCGUAAAGGAUUGAAUGACUGUAUUGCAAUGUUAAAGAACAAAUUGACUCCGAAAACUGAUAGUGACAUACCUGGCCAUGUUUCAGUUCAAUGCGGCAGCGAUGAGCCUAUAGACAUGGAACCUAUUUAUAUAGGACAAGGAUUUGACGUAAUAGAUGCUAAUCAAGGGCACAUAAAUGAAGCAAUAUCACAGCCACAUAUUUCCGCGGAAAAUAAAUCGAUAAACAGUAGUGAUGAUAAUGAUCAUAGAAAUACUCAUAAAUCUAGCACUGAUGUAAUUUCUCGUGAUAAAAUUCACGUGACAAAUACUCGCAUCGAAGAUCAAUGUCAAAAUAAAACUAUGCCACGGGAAAACGACGCUCCAAAUGAUGUUGUACUUUCUCCUACUCAAUUAGCGCCCUUACCUCCGCCAAGGAACACAGUCAUUCACAAGUCUCCAAAAAUAUCAGGGAAUCAAAUGCAGCAAGAGGACAAAAAUAUUUUACAGCCACAGAUAUCUGAAUGUAAAGACUACAGUCGUAAAAAUACAGAUCAAAAUAUAAAGACUACAGAAAUGCCCACGAUGUUGAAAGAUUGUUCAAAAUCAUUAGUUGGACCAGGAGUGAAAAACAGCGAUAUUGUUACCGAUAAAGAUGCUUUGGUAGACUUAACAAGCAACAGUAACCUAAUAAAUCUGACGCGCAGCAAUUACUCGAUUCCUUUAAACGUAAAUUCGGGUACUAUUUUGACACAACCACAUAAUCAAUAUGCAUCAACUAAUAGACCAGAAGUGGAUCAAAACCUUGACGCCUCACGUAAAAUAAAAUCACAAUAUUAUUCAGCUAAAUAUAAUAACAUUCCACUUAAAAUCCCUCCAGCGCAUGCAAGAACAAGUUUUGAAGCUUUAACAACGGUUCCAUUAGACUUAUCUGGAAAAACGGCUCAGGCAGAUAUAUCACCGAUUUAUUCGCACCAAGAUCGUCAUGCUUUAACUAUGAAUAGUCAUGAUAGUUAUGAAACUUUAGAUCUAUCUAAUAAAAAUACAGAUGCUAACAACACAAUUGAUAAUUCAACUGUUGCGGAUGAUGGACCUUUGGAUGUCGUGGUAGAUUUAAGCGUUAGACAAACUCCACAAUCUUCUACUCAAUCAAGUCCUACAAAUUUAUCUACUAAAUCUCCAGAAAAUAGUGAGAAUCCAACUGGCGUGACAUAUGAAAGUAUACAUGAGAAUUUCCCUACUGAUUUGUCAUUGAGAAAACGAACGAGAACACCGUCUACGAGUUUAUCUUCACAGGAGUGUGAUGCUAUUGAUUAUGUACAAGAUCUAUCUAAUCAUAAACCGCCUUAUAAUGGAAAUAGUGAUGAAAAUUUGAUUGUAGUUGAUCAUAUGAAUAAAGAAGGACCAAGAGAUUUAUCAAAUAGACAGAUGGACGAUAAUUUAAUUGUAACAGAUAUACUUUCACAUGAAACAGAUUCUAGGGAGUUGACUAGGAUAUCAAAUACCCAUAUCGCGACAAAACAAUCUCAAAAUGUGAAUAUUGACAAUACCCCCGAUUCUCCCUUCAGUAAUUCAAAUGAAGAUGACUUAAACGUUGACGAAAAUGAUUCAAACUACAUUUUGCAUUCUACAAACAUGGAUUCGAUUAAUCGGUCGCAUAGCCGGAAUCAACUAUCUCCUUUUAAUAAUACAGAUGAUGUUAAUUCUUCAGAUAUUAAUGAAACAAUCAGUAGUGUAAAUUUGGUGCAAUCUAAUGCAGAGUCCAAUGGUGGGCAAAUAAAUGAAACUAUUGAAAGUCAAUCUGCGCAGCCUUUCACGGAGACAAUUUGUUUCAUAGUGCCAAAGGAUCAAUUGCCUUACGAAAUUGACAAUUCUACUUUAAACAUUAUUAUGUCAAAUGGUGAUCCGGUGCCUCUUUACCAGUCGGUUGAUGGUAAUAUCACAACUCAAGAAGCAAGGAAUACGCAAGAAAGUACAACGUCAGUAUAUAGCUUGGAAAAUGUAUCUGUGCCCUUGAAUACUUCCAGUCUUGCUGUAACAAAUUUUUAUAAUGUUCCCGAAGAAACGAUUUCUAGUUCUACAUCUGGUUAUAAUGAAGUUGAAACUGUACGGGACGCCAAUGUUAAUCUUAAUCAUGGAAUUGAAGUAAAUACAAAUGAAAAAUGUUUAAUCUUAAGAAACAAUAACUCGUCUGAAACAAACCGGAUUGUAGAAUAUACUUCAACACACCAAAAUGUAACACCUGAUAAAAAUUGUGAUCUGAGAAAAGAAAUUAUUAAUCGUGAUGCAGAACAGGAUACGGAAACCGCUAGAAAAAUUGCAAUGCUACCUCAAGAACUAGUUGAAAUUUUAGGGACUAUGCCUGUAGGCCAUCGAAAUCAAUUAUUAAACGUGUUACCCCAAUAUGUUUCUGCUUCCGCUUCUAGUACAGGUUCGGAAACCAGAAAAUGUCUAAUAAACAAGCAGAAAGACUUGUUCAGGAAACGUAAUUAUGAUGACCAGCUAUCACACAUGAAUAACCUUACUCAGGCUGUCGAGUCAGAUGUCUUAUACCCUACGUCUACUGUACUUUCUCCGGAAUCAGUACCUCAAUCUGUUAUUCUUAAAGCACCGGUUGUUUCAAAUGAGAAUUACCAGGCAACAACUAAAAUCUGUGACCGCGAAUAUUCAUCAACAUUUACAUCAGAAAGAAAUUCAACACCCGUUCAAAAACGACAAGCGAAAUCAGUUAAUUUUGAGGAAGUGGCCAGUGUCAUCAUAGAUUUAACAGACGAUGAAAAUGUUAAAGAAAUUAUAAAUGACGUACGAAUAAUUGAAAGUGACGUAGUACCAUUGAAUCACGAUUUUGAUAAAAUUCAGAAUUUGGAUAAAUCCUCCGAUUUACUGAGACACAAAGGAAAUAACGAACAGACUGCAAAUUUAAGAGCAGUGCGAAUGAAAACUACCCACGAAAGAAAUAAACAAAUACUGUUGGAAGAUAGCCUGGAUUACAGGAAUUAUCAAAACACAAAUGAUAAUGACCAAAUUAUAGAAAUAGUCGAAUAUGACGAUGUAGACGUAGAAAAUAACAGAAUUAGAGCUUACAAUGAGAAUCUUAGAAUUGCUGAAGAUAGAAUUGAAAUCCCUUUACUAAAUUGCAACGAUUCCAAUAAAUCUUUCAACCGAAUAAAUGAAAACCUAACACUUAAUGGACCUCUAAAUAUUAACGACAGCUUUUUAGUAAAUUCUACAGUUAUACUUACGCCGAUGUCAAACAAAGAAAAUUCAAUUGUUCUUCCAGGAAUUAAUCUUGAAAAAGUAACAAACAACCAAUCCAAUGAUUUAUCAAAUUCUAUGGGCGAAGAAAUAAUUUUAGUGGAUGCUACUGACACACAUGGCAAUCAAAUACAAAUAAUACCAAUGAAUGAAGACUGUCGUUCUUCUCCCCCCAAAAAGCCUAUUGCAAUUGGCGAUGAAGAUUCUGAAGAUGAUGUAACUUUAGCGGUUAUUGUAAAAAAGAAACAAUGCCAACAAACGCAACCUUCUGUAUCUUCUGAUUACCCACCGCAUACAGAUGCGAAAUAUACUGUGAUAGAGAAUAAAAAAGUAAAACAAGAUGAAACGACAAAAUCUGUUCUAAAAUAUACGGCUAUUGAACAAUUACCGAACAACCAGCUAGGUGCCGUUAAAAUGCUCGCUAUUACUUUAGACGAUAUUAAUAAUUUGAAAUUAAAAAGUGGGAACGGCAUUCAUCAGGACAACAGUGAUGUUUUGAGUACAUGUGAAAAUAGCGCCAUUAAAUUGGAUAUGACAAAUUGCAACUUACAAAGAAUGCCUAAAGGAGAACAUGUCCCUCCUAAAGCGAUUGAUCAAAUUAAAACAAAGGAUUUCCAAAAAGUGUAUAAUGAAGAUAUUGAUAUUCAAUUGGUUGCCAACGAUUCUUCUCCCAAAUUGGACAAUAGGGAACAUUGUAUAAUGCAAAAUAAAAAUAUACAAUCUCAAACCGUCAUAAAUGUUAAAGAAAAUCAUUCUAGUAAUGAAAAUCAGGAUGAUGUUUGUAUUGACAAAACCAAAUUCGGUGUUAACUCGCCACAUAUAAGUCAACAGUCAUCAAUAGAAAAUAUUAAGAAAUUAAAAGGUAUACGUGGGAAGCCUAAAAAGAAAAAAUGUGUUAUCCGUAAUUGCAUUCUUCAUAGUUACAUGGGUAAUCUUUAUCGGAAAUCGUUAUAUUAUUCUAAAAAAAGUCUUGCACCUCACCUGCAAACCGUCUGUACUGAAGUACCUAUUUCAAAAAUUAAAAAAAUAGUUCGUUUUGAAAAGCAAAGACAAAAACAAUGUUCUGAAAUUAGAAGGUCGCAACAAACUUCAUUAGGAACUGAAGAAAUUAAUCCUUUACCUUUACGAAGAAGCAGACGCGGCAAAUCUAUGUUUGUGGAUAAUAGUAGUACUGAGUCUUUAAUUCCUACGCCAAUUUCUAAACCCUCAGAACAAAAGCUGCCUCUUACUAAAAAGCAACUAAUAUUUUCUAAGUUGUUAUUGGACGAAGAAAGAAUAACACAACCUAAAACAGACAAAGUGAUUGCAAAGGAACCAGUUGUUCUUAUUAAAGAUGUGAGCUUAACUGGCUAUAAUUUGUCCUCUGUAUCACAAAAUAAUGAAAAUAUCAAAGAACUUGAACAAUCUACUGUCCAAGCUUUAAGUCAAGCCAAAGGAUCGAAAAGAAAGAAAUCUCCUCAAUCAAAGCGGAAAUACAAAAAAUCUAAAUUUGUUGAAGACACAGAAGAUGCUCUGUCUAAAUCACUUGUCACUAAUAUCAAAGAUCCCAAUAGUAAUGAAAUUCCUAAAGGCAAAACGAACAUUCAGUUAAGUCAAGAAAAUGAAUCUUUUAAAUUACUUAAGGACAUAUCUGCUCCUCUACUUAUAGACAAAAAUAAAAACAAUAUGGGAUCUGGUACUAAUAGUAAUAGUGAGAUUGAAUCAACUUUUACCGAAAAAAGGAAAACUUGUACGCUUACUAGUGCUGAUAAAAAUCACAAUACGGAAUGUAAAAAAUCAAAACUAAAUAUUGAUAUUGGAUCCGAAACUAAAAAACUUGAAGAUGUUAAACAGAAUGCUGUGGAAACUUGCAGGAAAAAUAAACCCCGUAAUAAUGAAGUUGUUACAAAAAAUACACCUUGCUACAACAGUCAUACUGCAGCGAGGCGAACUCGAUCAAAGUCUGUUGUUGUUAAGUCUAGUACACCUUUGUAUGACCCUUAUGAUAUAGAUUUAGAGGAUAUGGCUGAGAAAGAUGAUAGUUUUGGGAGAUUACUAACGUCAAAUAAAGCUUUUAGCAAGCUGAGUUUUACUAGAGAUCAAGAAGUUAAGAAAAGAAAUAAAAAGGAACCGUCUACUAGUGGUAACGUCUGUACUAAUACAGAUCCAAAUACUGAGAAAAAUAAAAUUUUGACUCCAGUAAAAGAGUUAAGAGUAAAAGUGAAAUGUACUUAUUCGAAAGAAGAUGUAAGUGACUCCGAUGAUUCUUCUAAAAGUGACAUACCAUUACAAAAAUAUGUCGACGAAAAGGAAAAGAAAAAAUCGAGACAAAAUAGUACUGCAGAUACCAAUAGUUCGGCACAAGAGAACACUAAGUCAGGUAAGAGACAUAAAUCAAAAAAGAAAAAAGAUACACAGAAUGUUACGAACACAACCAAAGAACAACAAAAUAGAGAUGAACAGUUUAUGGAAAGUUUUGGGUUUUUCUCUCAUAGAAAACCUAGAAAAUCGAAUUUAAUUGCCGCUAAAAAGAUUUCGGAAACAUUCAACGCCAUUGAAGCUGAUGACACGAAUGAUGAUGAAAAAAUCCCAAUAACCAAUAAACAGGAACCUGACACUAAAAAGCCUAACGAAGACAAAAGAACUGCUAAUCCCGCACAAUCAGUAACAAAAACCCCUGCGAAACGAGGUCGUAAAAAAGCAAUAGUUAUGAAACCCGCUAUUAAAUUUUGUGUGAUUUGUAAUAAAGAAUUCAAACGUCCAGAUAACUAUUUGAGACAUCAAAUUACAUUACUACACAUUUCCAAGUUGUCAGAAAUUGAAAUGAAAGUAAAAACGACACCCGUUUUCGAAGAGCCGAAUUACCUUAUACCUUAUAAGCAACAGCUUGACCGCCUUAAAAUGAUAAGUGUAUCGAAAAAAAAGAAAAAUGUCAAACCUUCUUCGAAAGCGUCCUUGCCAACUUUAGGCGAAAUACUGGCUAAAGUUAAUAAAACAUUAAGGAAUCAACACUUAGUGCGUCGCAAUCUAAGCCGCGAUGAAGCACUAUUUAUUGAUUGCUGCGAAUUAUUAAAAGAAUCUCAUAAACCAGACGCUUCCAAUAAUACUGAACAGAUUACAACAAUAAUAACUACUACUACCACUGACCAAAUACCAGAAACACAAAACAAUAUUGGACAGGCUACAACGGCGACUAGUAUUGCAGAACAAGUUACAAUAUCCAAUAAUAACGAGGAAGCUUUGGCACCCCAAAAUAAUGAACAAGUAACAUUAUUAAACGAGGUAAACACCGAAUUGACAGACCAGGUCGAAGUGAUACAAAGUGUAAGUAAAAAUGUCAUGAACAGUGACGAAUACGAGUUAAGAAGCGACGGGGAUGUAGAUUCAAUUACAGCGAAAAAUAUACUUGAAAGUGAAGAAGUACGAAACUUGGAAAACGAUUUGCUAUCAGGCUUAAAGGAAGCAGCAGCACAAUCGCUCGCACAAGCAUCUGGUAAUUUCGUCCUUCCCCGAACUUUAAGUGCGAUUGAAUCAGAUGGAACAGAGAAAAUUCAGUCUGUAUCAAGCUCUAUUCUUGCUAAUAAAAAUUGCGAAGACAGCAAGAGGCCUGAAGUAUUGUCAGAACCACCUAAAAAAGUUUCUAAACCUAGAAAGAAACAAGAAAUUAAGGACAGUAUGUAUCCGAAUGUAACUGAUAACAUAAAUAUAUUUGAAGACAAAUUUGACAAAAUUAAAAGAAAAUGCCGGUCAAAAGCUGCAGCCGCUAAACAUGUUCCACCUAUAGUAGAACCCAUUACAAGUCAAAAGGGAAGAAAAAAAUCGGUAAACAAAAGAGGAAGAACAAAUUCAAAAAAGGAUAACUAUAGUGCAAUACCGACAAAAGGAGCGUUAAAAGGAUUUGACGGAUUAAAGGUAUCCGUGCCGAAUUCCGAUUUUAACGUUUCAACUAUUAGUUCUCCGUCAGAACAAACAUCAAAAGGAAAAAAGAUUUCCAGAAACCAGAAAGAUAAAGUAGAAGUUGAACCUCAAACAAAACCUAAUCAAGAUCAUAGAGCGAAAACUACACAAAGUCAGAAAAUUGACGUGUAUGAAUUUAUGGACAGUGAGGACGCCGAGGUGUUCGAUUUUAGGCCUUCAACGCUAAUGGAGAGAUUUAAAAAUAUCGGUAACAGGGAUAUGCCAAGUACCUCUAAAUUAGAUCCGGCGACUGACGAAAUGCAAUUUUCGUGUGAGAGUGGCUCCGAUGGAGAUGACUUUGUGUACGAUGAUUACGUUUGCAGCGACGAUGAGACUGAAAACAGCAUAAUGUCAUGCGAGUUAGGAAACAGCACAACAGGAAUUGAAACUAAGACUAAAAGUAAUUCACCUCUAAAACGAAAAGAUGCAACUGAAAAAAAUGCUGUUAUGGGUAAAAUAUUUAAACAUAACGCUGUCCGCACAGAAAGAAAAGAUAUUGAGAGUGGUGACAAUGUUAGACCACAAGCUAAUUUAGACCAAUUAUUUGAUAGCCUGCUUGUUGAUGAGCCUGAUACACCGUCAGUAAGCACUAAAUUACCAAAGAAAGAUUCAAGUGAACGUGAACCUACACCUUCGAAAAGACAUGUAUCAAAAUCUUCUAAAAGACAUGAGUCCUCGAAACGACACGAUUCUUCUAAAAAGCACGAAUCAUCUAAGAAACAUGACACUUCUAAAAAACACGAUUCUUCACAUGAAUCUUCUAAAAAACAUGAAUCUUCUAAGAAACGUGAUUCUUCCAAGAUCGAGGAAUAUUCUAAAAAACAUGGGUAUUCUGGUAAACGUGAUUCUUCGAAGAAACAUGAAUCUUCUAAACGAACCGAAUCUUCUAAAAGACACGAAUCUUCUAAAAGACACGACUCUUCUAAAAGGCACGAAUCUUCUAAAAGACACUAUUCUUCUAAAAGACACGAAUCUUCUAAAAGACAUCAAUCUUCUAAAAGACACGGUCAUUCUAAGAAACAUGAAUCUUCUACUAAGCAUGAAUAUUCUAAAACACACGAUCCACUGGAUAAACGCGAAACUUAUAAGGAAUAUGAACCUACGUCUCAUAGGAAACCACAAUCUGUAUCAGAUUAUGAAGAAGUGUCUCCACGAAAAUAUGAAGAUGAAGCGUCUAGCAAGCACGGUGUAAAGAGGUCGAAACAACAUUCUGGAAAAGAUUAUCCCUCUACGUCUUACGACACUACAAAUAUUGAUGUUUCAUAUAGUGAUCGACAUGUUCAUACUGAUAAUUUAAUUUGUAAGCCUUCAACUUCUAAGGAUUAUAAUUAUGAAUUAGUUCAAGAAACUGUUCAAUCAUCGCCCAGAAAACACAGUUCUCAUAGAUAUACCUCUAAGUCCUCUUCAGAUGAAUAUCAUUCUUCAACCCCUAAAAAAUCUAGGUUGGGAGGUCAUCGUUCUAGUAAGGAAAGUUUUUAUCCAUCCACAAACAUCUAUUUAAAUGUCAGGUCAGAGAGGCAAUCACGAGAAAUGACAUCAUGUAACCGUGAUUCAAUCGUCGUACACAACAAAGAUAGCGGACCUGCAGAUCUUUAUAUUAAUCAUUUUCGAAAAUAUGCAAGAGACAGAUCGAUAACACCCGAUAUCGAAGAAGGUAAUGGCUCUAAUUCAGAUACCCUGGAUGAAGCAACAUCUGAUGAUGCAGGAGUUGCCCGACAAAGGGCACGUAGGAAAUGUACAGUCGGUAAACAAAAUAUAUUAGCAGAGACAUGGAGCUCAGAAUCAGAGCCCGAAAGUGGUCCACAUCGUGCGAAUAGUACCGAAUCCAAGACAUCCGGAGGUCGAAAAAAGGGAAAGAAGAAGAGAGAGGGACCAUAUGGAAGCCGAAGAGGUGUAAGCCGUCAGAUGCCCAUUUUGAGACAAGAUUUGGAAAACAGAGUAGCACUGUUCAAGCGCACCACAACUAGUUCUGGCGGCGGAGGUAUCCAAGGAAGUAGUAGCGGCGCAGGCCCAAGUUCUGCGGCUGGCUCAUCCGGUCUCUUCCCUUCUUCGUACAGUUCUGGAGGUUCGGCGGGACCGUCUGGGCUGCAUCGUUCCCAUCACUCGCGUUCCUCAGGUUCCAGCUCAUGGUCGUCGGAAACAAACGAUGAGCAUCAUCAACAGCACGGAUGGAUUGUAGGCGUCAGCCAUAAAAAACUAGUAACAAUGUUAGCACACGCUAAAGGACGUAAGCGCAACCAUGAUGAUAAGCGUGAUUAUGUUGAAUAAGGAUUUUAGAUUUCUAUGGUUAUCUUGUAAAUAUGUUGUACAUAAAUGCCCUAGUUCUUUAUUAAUGUCAAUAUGACAUUUUGACCAGAUAACGCUAAAGUUUAAUUGAUUUGAGUUUUGUAAAUACUGUAUAUCAUUUAUAGAAUAUUUAGUUAAAUUUUAUCUGAGCUUUUAAUACUGUAAGGGUCGAAUUGUUAAACGGCCUCUUCCAGUAUUAUGGCCCAAUUUUUAGCGGAAACCUUUUUAAUUGAAAUUAAUUCCCUUGUUUUAAAUUUUGCAUCUUCGUGGGAUGGAGCAUUUUUAUGACAUGAUAUGUAACUUCGAUUCAAUAUUUGAACUAUAGAUAUAUUAGUAAAUUAGAUUUAGCUUCAAGAAUUAUUAUUGGAACACUUUUGAAUUGAAGUAAUGAUUGCAUACCCCCCGCCGACAGUAAUUUUCCAAUAUUGAUGUAUUUUAUUAAUAUAUUAGUAGUAAGGUCGGAGCAUCCAGUCAUAAGCAUUUAUAACAAUUUACAAAUAAUAAAUAAUGUAGUUUAAAGUAAAACAAGAAGUAGUAAUUCCUCAAACUGCAUUGCUGACUUGGUACUAAAUGGAAAUAUUAAUAUGUCGUAAUGUUAGGUGUGUCUGUCCUAAAUGCCCCUACCCUAUCUAUAUGUGUAAUAAAUUAUAUUAAAUAAAAUGAGAAAUCAGAAAUUGUGUUUGAUAUAUAAGUUUUGUAUAUUUUACCUAUCACAAUGUAAUUAAGUGAUAAUCAUAAUCUAUGAAUCAAAUUCUAAUUUAAUAUUGUGACCUUGAGAAUAUAUAUCCAUUGUAGUACUUUUCUAUAGAUUAUAUUGAGUUGUAUGUGAAUCGUAGGGGCAAAUAAAGUGGUCCGGGUAAAUUGUAAUUUUGAAUUAUCGAUUCGUUAAUUAUUUUUGUACAAAACAUAUUUUGCUUUGUCAAUCUACGAGAAAUGUCAAGAGUUGUUAUUUUCUAGUCCAUUAUCAAAAAACGAUAUCAGCCUCAGAGUUAUAUAAAUAUUAUAUUUUGUUCUUUUAGCAUAAAGUUGAACUGAAAUGUUUGAAUGAUGAAUGUGAGGUAAUAUUUACCCUAAGUCGAUUGUUGUGACAUAUAUCAAUGCAAUAUCUGUUCCCUGUCGUUCACAUUGAUAAAACAUAGACUACAAUAUGUGUUAUAGUUUAACAGCCUAACAAAUAAACGCGGUACAAAAUUAAACUUAGGUAUAAACUGAAUAUAAGCAAAAUUUAUAUUAUUAGUACUUAUACUUAGUUUAUUCCCAAGUUUAAUCUUAUAUUGCGUUUAUUUGUAAGGCUGUAAUUAUUUAAGGAUGAUGAGUUUGACAAUUCGGUAGGGUUUUUUUUUUCGAUUCUGAUUU